AUGCGCUAUGCGGGAGGGAUCCAUACUAUACUUGUCCACCAACACGUGACAAGCCCCCCGUCCAUCCGAACAUCAUUACUGCGCAGUGUAAGAUUUCAAUUAAAGUGUAACUGGGUGGCUGAACAAGGACAUAGAGUUCGCUACGACAUGGGGGCGAGGUCCCGGGAGUUCAUUCUGCUCCUGGCAGCAUGCGCACUUGUUUUCAGUGAGCCUGUGAACAAAACAGCCAAGAAUAUCAGCAAAGACACCGACAACUUCCUAUUCCAGUAUGAGGACUACGAUUCAGCUGAAGACCAGGAAGUGCUGUUCAGCGAGGACAGGCCCUGCCCAAGGGAUUGCAUAUGCACUGUAUCCCAAGGAUACAGAAUAGCCAAGUGCAAUCGCCUCGAAGUUGGCACGCAGAAAUUCGGUGACGACAUCACCGACCUCGUGAUCGAGAACGCCGAUCCAACAUUCCCGAUCCAGAUUGAUGAUUACAUCUUCAAGAAACUCGGUCUACACCAGGUAGCCACCAUCAAGAUUGUGAACAGCACCAUUGGCUUUGUCGGUCCUAACGCGUUCCAAGGUUUGCACGAACUGUACGCAGUAAACUUGUCUAACAAUAAACUGAAAACUCUACACCCCGAAACUUUUGCUAAUAACAAGAAAUUAUUGUUACUAACGCUUUCGAACAAUCAAUUAAAGUUCCCCGCUGCGGGCUCGCACGAAUAUUUCCUUAAUGCAUCUUCUGUACAAGAACUCGAUGUUUCGUAUUGCAACAUGCAAUACAUAACAGCUAACACCUUCAAGAAUAUGCCAGGUCUCAUGUACCUAAACGUUGCCGGAAAUAACCUUUCUGAUAUGGAUGAAAACACUUUCAAAAAGCUUCUUGAUUUGGAGGAACUCGACUUGAGCGACAACAAUAUUAAAUCUCUCCCGGAAGACAUAUUUUCUGAAAACACCGAACUGGCUACACUUCAUAUUCAGAGAAAUCCGAUUGAUUCUGUGUACGGUCUACAAAUUUCAGACUUACUUACUCUUAAUGCUGGUCAGACAAAUAUUAAGUUCAUCGGCCCAUCCAUGUUUAAUGGUAUGACUUACAUUGCAAACCUCAACUUGAGCGGUAACAGCAUUGAGAAAAUACAUAACCAAGCCUUCCACAAACUUGUAGAACUGAAUUAUUUGGACCUUUCAUACAACGACUUAGACUUCAUCUCUGGUUAUUUAAUAAAAGAAAACAUUGAGCUUGACAUAUUCAAAAUUUCGAAUAAUCCAAGACUGAAGCACUUGCCAGCUGAAGGUUUCAACUGCUCCGCGGAGCAAUUUAACAUUUACUUAUUCGACGCAUCGAAUUGCGGUCUUGAAGAAAUCGAGAAUGACUCGCUGAAAACCUUCACGGCUCUAUCUCAGAUCAACCUCGCCGGCAAUAACAUUAAAUCUAUCAGCACUGAGGUAUUUUCACGAUGCCCCAGACUGGUUGACAUUAACCUUGCAUACAAUAAAUUGACUGCUUUGCACGUGAAAGUUUUUGAGAAAAAUAAGGAAUUGGGAAAAUUGAAUCUGCAGGGAAAUCCGCUAAAAGUACUUUCUGCGGAAAUCUUCGUCUUCACGCCCGCUCUGACUACGCUCGAUAUGAGUCACGCCGAGUUAACUUCGCUGUGGAAGAUCGAAAAGAAUCACACGGCGAUGCUUCUCAGCAACUUGAGUUUCCUCAAUGUUUCGCAUAAUCGCAUCAAUGAGAUUAAACAGACCGAGUUGGAUAGUUUGAACAAACUUCGAACGUUGGACAUCAGCAACAAUCCCCUUGCCUGCAGUCGCGACUUCGAAAACCUGAUGACCUGGCUCAGCAACCGUAAAGUCUCUCCUAGCUCCAAUUCUGCGAAUAUCGCGAACCUGGGCAAAGAUACGAAGGAGGAGGACGGCGCGUACAGUUGGGAGUUCCUCACGAAGAAGACAUGCGGCACCGCGUUGGUGCAUCCGGUCGAGCCCUUGCCGCCGGUGUCGGACGAGGAGAUCUGGGAGAGGAUCGACAAAGAUGCCGACGGCAACUUCGAUCUGAAGGACACGCUUGACGACGGAAAAGUCGCCGACGACAACGCCGUCACGGGCGACAACAAGCUCAACGCGGACGACGACAAUGACGCGGACGCCGAUGACGAGGCCGAGGACGAGGAAGAAGACGACGAGGACGACUCGGGCGAGGACUACGACGACGGCGACGUCGACCUCAAGGUGAAAUUGAUCGAGAAGCCCGCUAUAAACCUGAGCACGUACAAGCCCCUGGCAACGGAGCGGCCGCCAGACAAGGUCAAGAUCGACAUCAAGCUGCUCGAGAACGACAACAUGUACGACGACCUCGAACCUGAGGUGGACGUGCGGGCCUACGCGACGGAACCCGAGCACGGCCGCUACGGCUACCUGUGGCCGAUGCUGAUCGCGUUGCUGGGCGCUUUGCUGCUCCUCGUCGUCAUCGCCAAGGUCGUGAUGGUGAUGUGCAACAAGAAGAGCAAGCAGAUCAGAUACAACAGUGCCAUAAUCGCCGCGAUGAGCCACCCGGGCCGCACGAAGAAGGACUGCGGCCUCGUGUACCAGCAGCUGACGGAGGACCUCACCGCGCCGAAGACCCCCAAGGUCAACCGCUACGCGCCGCUGCACAACGUCACCGUGAACGCAUCAAACAUGUCGUACGAAAGCAGUCCCUUCCACCACAGCAACAUCGUCCCCGAGGCGGUC